CGGUUUCAAUUUCCUGGCUCCAGUGGGCAAGGCGUCAAUGUCUAUCUAGUAGACACAGGGGUCAACAUUGAUCAUGAGGAUCUCGAAGGUCGCGCUUCCUACGGUCCAACCUUCAUUGGCGACCAAGAUGAUCCUACAGAUAUCAAUGGUCACGGCACUUUUGUUGCUGGUGUAUGCUGCGGUAAAACGUAUGGCGUGGCAAAGAAAGCCAAUGUCAUAUCUCUCAAAACAUUGGAUAAAGACGGAUCUGGAAGGUUAAGCAAUGUUUUACUAGCUUUGCACUGGAUUGUGCAGCAACAUAUGGCUACUCCUUGGGUGAAAAAGAUUGUCAACUUAUCGCUCGCCACGGCGUACCAUCUACCGACCAAUCAGGCUAUACAGGAAGCCAUGCAUCUCGGUCUUCAUUUUUCAAUUGCUGCCGGGAACCAAGGGACGGAUGCUUGUAAAUUUUCACCGGCUUCUACAUCUGGAGCACUGGUGGUGGGAGCAAUAGCUCAAGACGACUCCAUUCCGUCUUUUUCAAACAGUGGCUCCUGUGUCACGAUUUACGCUCCCGGUACAGGCAUCAAAUCGAUAUGGAAUCAGGAUAACCAAGCAACCAAAACAUUGUCGGGAACGUCGAUGGCUGCCCCGCAUUUAGCCGGAGUGAUGGCACUUUUAUUGGCUGAUGACGACUACACGCCCCCUGCGCUUGUGGAAAAGAUCCUGUCUUCCGCCACGUACGUAGAGGACAGGAAUAUCCGAAUACUGCGCCUUAACAUGCCCAACCUGAUGGACAAUAAUGGACAAAGUAAUAAUAUCAGUCAUGAUCACCAGGUAGCAACAACCAUGUCCGAUAAACAGCCAGUAGGAGCCAUGAGGGGUGGAUUUCUGGUUUUAUCAUCCGCAAACAAAGAUAUCGCCAUCACUUUAUUCUUGUUUUUCGUAGCUUUCGCACAUACACUAUACCACAUGCUCUGA